AUGUCAAGUUCACAUCCUCGCCCUAAGCGGGCUGGUGAAGAUUUUACACGUACCAAUCACGCUCAAGAUGACCUCGGAGAUGGUCCAGACAGCAAGAAACCCCGAUUCGACAUUCGCAACCCCUCCGCCCUUGCACCCGAUACCCUCGAUGAAGAUCAAUUCCUCGAUGCCGAUGAGAUUGGAAAGAGAGGCCAGAAAGUGCGUCGCAAAGCUGUCAACAUCGAUGGUUACGACUCAGACAGCGAGAAUGAGGGGUUCUCCGCACGCAUGGAAGAAAAGUCAAAGCGCCAGCGCGAGAAGCAUGACGCCGAGGACGACGAUAUGUUCGCCGAGUUGCAGGAGGACUUUGGCGAGGAAGAUAUUGACGCCGACGAAGCAAUGCGCAAGAACAAGAAAAAUGUCCGCUUCUUGCAAGACGAUGAGAUCGAGGGCCAAGAGGCAUCCUCGAAGGGUGGAAGGGCGAGGCACGUGGACUUGACAAAAGAAGCCGAACCCGAUGAAAUCGUUAUCGAGGAAGAUGAAGAAAGUGAAAGUGAAGCAGGUGAGGAGGAGCGCGCUAAGAUAGACACCGAACUGGACGAGGAGCUAGGUGCAGGCGCGAAGAAAAAGAAUGCGCCUCUGAUUGAUGCUUUCAACAUGAAAUCUGAGCAGGAGGAGGGCCGGUUUGACGACCAGGGCAAUUUCGUUCGCAAAGCUGUCGACCCAGAUGCCGUCUAUGACUCCUGGCUGGAUGGAGUAUCUAAGAAGGAUAUUCGAAAAGCAAAAGAAGCCGCUGAGAAGCGCGAUGAGGAGAGGAAGGAAAAGGAUCGCAUUAACGACAGUGUUUUGACAGCGGAUGUCUUGACAACAAUUAUCACACAUCUUGAGCGCGGCGAGACGAUACUGGAAGCCCUGGCUCGACUAGGAAAAGGCCUCCAACGAAAGCCCAAGUGGCAGAACAAGAAGAAGAAGAACAAGAAGCAUGAUACCUCGGAAGACACUGAAAUGACCGAUGAGAACCCCGACGAGGUCCGAAGGAGGACGGCGAUUGACGCUCUUACCGGCGCUGCGGAUAUUCUUAUGGGCCGAGGACAACCUGAAAUCUACGACGCGGAGCGCGAGUUGUUGACUCGGCAAUACCGGAAUGAGACGGGCGAGAGUUGGGUUGAUCCACCAGCUACUUCAGAAAAUGCCGAGCCUGAACAAGGACCUACGAUGUGGGAAUUCCGGUGGGCAGAUGCUCGCGAUGGUGGUGAUGCACAUGGUCCCUACGAUAGCGCCAUGAUGGAGUCAUGGAAGGGUGCUGGCUACUUUGGAGAAGGCGUGGAAUUCCGCCGAGUUGGAGAUACAGGACCGUGGAGUCCAGCAGUAAGCUUUGUGUAA